UUUGUCAAUAGUUCGUACAUAAAUACAGAUUUCAGAAUAGGAUGACAAUAAAAGUGAUUGUUAUACUCCACGUCAUAAUAGGCGCUGUGCUUGGAGCCUUUCCGGAUGAUCCCAAACCCUGUAAAUAUGGUGACGCAGAUUGUUUUGGUAAACUUUUCGAGUAUUUUGUUAGCGAAAAACAUAAUGGUGAUGACAGUAUCGGUUUGACAUCCAUUGACCCUUUGCCAAUAAAAAAGAUACCAGUAAGUGUCGGCUCUGAUAGUCCCGUCAAUGUUGAUUUGGUAGUGUACGAUGGAAAAGCUGAAGGAGUAAAGACCUUAAAGUUUGUUAAAAUGAAGGGAUUUGGCAAGGAUAUUGCAGUAAAUCAUGAAAUUGUUUGUCAAUCCGAAAGCCUCGUCACCACAGGCCAUUAUAAUGUUACCGGAAAAGUUCUACUUCUACCCGUUUCCGGGCAUGACAUGUGCAACAUUACAUUGCUAAAACCAACAGCAACACUCGGAUGGACAGGAGUCCCUUAUGAAAAGGAUGGUGAAACCUACAUGAAACCCGACAAAUUUUAUCUUCAUCUGGAACCACAAGGUGUUAUAGUGAAUUUCAACAACCUCUACAACGACAAAGCUUUGUCCGAUAAUAUGAACAAAAUCUUAAACGAAAACAUAAAAGAAAUCUACCCCGAGAUUGCGAAUUUUGUCGACAAAGGCUUUGCUUCCAUUGUUCGUAAAGUGAUUACAAAAAUUUUUGCAACAUAUCCCUAUGAAAAGUUUUUCAUUAAUUAAAAAAAAUAUCAAUAAUUAGAAAUUGAUACAAAACUUGUAAAUAGAAAUUAGAACAAAAAUAAAUAAAAAAAAUAUAGUUUUGCUUUCUAAUUAA